CUGCUGACCUUGUGAAUGAGUUGUAACAAUCUUUUUUUUCCUGUCCUGUUUCUUGGAACGGAUGGUGCUUGCAUUGCAGGAGACUGCCGGGAUGGAGCAGGCCAGCUCCCAAGCCACCCAGAGCAGGUGGAUUUCAGCUGGAAUAUGUAUGCAGAUGGAAAGUUCUUGUUCUAUGAUCACUAUCUCAUAGAACAAAUAAAGUCCAAAAAGGAACCAGAAAUCCAGGAGUUCUUUCUUCUGCUCUCUGUUUGUCAUACAGUCAUGGUGGAUGUUUCUGAUGGUCAGAUCAACUACCAGGCAGCCUCCCCAGACGAAGGGGCCUUGGUUACAGCAGCCAGAAACUUUGGGUAUGUUUUUCUUUCACGAACACAAAAUACCAUCACAAUAAGUGAAAUGGGGACUGAAAGAACUUACGAUGUCCUCGCCAUCCUGGAUUUCAACAGUGAUAGGAAACGAAUGUCUGUCAUUGUAAGAGAUUCCAAUGGACGUAUCAGGCUGUAUUGCAAAGGAGCUGAUACAGUAAUUUUUGAACGGUUGCACCCAAGGAAUUUAAAGAGAGAAGCGACGGAAGAAGCACUAGAUGUUUUUGCAAGGGAAACUCUAAGAACACUCUGUCUCUGCUAUAGGGACAUUAGUCAUGAUGAAUUUGAAGCAUGGAAUAAAAAGUUCAUGGAGGCCAGUGUAGCUGCAAGCAAUCGUGAUGAAGCUCUGGACAAAGUAUAUGAGGAAAUAGAAAAAGACUUGAUUCUUCUUGGUGCAACAGCUAUUGAAGACAAACUACAGGAUGGAGUUCCAGAAACUAUUUCAAAACUUUCAAAAGCAGAUAUUAAAAUCUGGGUGCUUACUGGAGACAAAAAAGAAACUGCUGAAAAUAUUGGAUUUUCUUGUGAACUCUUAACAGAUGAAACAACAAUCUGCUAUGGAGAAGAUAUCAGUGGUCUUCUUCAGACUAGGUUAGAAAACCAGAGGAAUAGAGCUGGAUCAACUUCACAUUCGUCUCUAAGAAUGAAUGAACCCUUCUUUCAGGGUAGUAGAAAUCGUGCUUUAAUCAUCACUGGCUCCUGGUUGAAUGAAAUCCUGCUAGAGAAGAAAAAGAAGAAGAAGAAGAAACUUAAACUGAAAUUCCCCAAAACAGAAGAAGAGAAACAAAAGCAAAUUGAGAAGAAAAGAAGGGCUGAAGCUUACAAAGAGCAGCAGCAGAAGAAUUUUGUUGAUUUGGCAUGUGAAUGCAAGGCUGUGAUCUGCUGUCGAGUGACUCCGAAGCAAAAAGCUAUGGUGGUUGAUCUUGUGAAGAAAUACAAGAAAGCUAUUACUCUGGCUAUUGGGGACGGUGCCAAUGAUGUGAACAUGAUAAAAACUGCCCACAUUGGAGUUGGAAUCAGUGGCCAAGAAGGGAUGCAAGCUGUGAUGUCCAGCGAUUACUCUUUUGGGCAGUUCCGCUACCUGCAGAGGCUGCUGCUGGUCCACGGGCGAUGGUCUUACAUUAGGAUGUGCAAGUUUCUAAGAUAUUUUUUCUACAAAAACUUUGCUUUCACCCUAGUCCACAUCUGGUAUUCAUUCUUCAAUGGCUUUUCUGCCCAGACAGCAUAUGAAGACUGGUUCAUCACGCUGUACAAUGUGCUGUAUUCGAGUCUCCCAGUUCUGUUAGUUGGCUUGUUUGACCAGGAUGUGAGUGACAAACUGAGUCUUCGAUUCCCAAGACUGUACGUUUUGGGACAGAAAGAUUUACUUUUUAACUACAAGAAAUUCUUUAGAAGUUUGCUUCAUGGAGCUAUGACUUCACUGGUAAUCUUCUUCAUACCAUAUGGAGCUUACCUUCAAACUAUGGGGCAAGAUGGAGAAGCACCUUCAGAUUAUCAGUCAUUUGCUGUCACAGCAGCGACUUCUCUUGUGUUUGUUGUCAACCUUCAGGCAAAUUGGUUUGGAUACAUCUUACUGGACUUUCGUUAAUGCUUUCUCAGUAUUUGGGAGUAUUGCAAUUUACUUUGGUAUCACGUUUGAUUUCCACAGUGCAGGAAUCCACGUUCUCUUUCCUUCUGCUUUUCAGUUCAC